AUGGAGUUAAGACCCACUUCCAACACGAGCCCAAGUGCAAGCUAAACCAGGGAUACUGAGUGAAAUAAUCGCUCUAUCCGGCCUGUAUAAUAUUGACAUAUUCUAUGACUGAUCACGGACUAAAGGGUUCCCAUGUUUUGACACGUUCCAUACUGCGACUGAUUCUUUCUCCUUGGAUUAACUCAACGCCCCGGGACAAGUAAUCGCGUAUUUUAAGGGCAGGGCAGGAGAGAAAGACCGGAGUGCAGAGAGCUAGAGGCAAACACAGCUUAGCGGGAGUCGGAAAGAGGGCGAGCUCGCGAAUGACCUUUUUGCUCCGUGCGUCGGCUCUUCGACACGAAGGCUCCUCUUUCCCCGUAUCAGGCUGAGAUUCUAAGGCACCCAGGGUAAACUGACAAUAUGUCGGCGUACCCGCAAUUCGGCUACGCGGCGUUCCCUUCUGUCGCUUCUUCCAUCGGGUCAACACAGUUUUUAAUGUCUGCGGCUGCCAGCGGGACACCCUCAGUAACUGCAACGUCGGCGUCUGCGCCGUGCUGCGAGACAGGUCGAGCAAUCCUCACCGACCCUCACACGGGCCAGACGGUGUGCUCUUGCCAAUACAGCCCUAGCUUGCUCCCCUACCCCCGGGCCGUCACAGGCCUACCGGACGGCGUCUACUCGCCAGCGGCGGCGUACGCUGCACAGGGGUACAUGUCGGCGUUCGGGCACCCAGCAGAUCCUUCGGCGUUCUACUCGCCUCUGAAUUACGAUAUAAAGGAGGGGGGCGAGUCAUGGCGGGGUCUGCCGCAGCCUUCUGCAUACAGCUAUCCCUACGAUCCGACUUCUAUGGCGGCGGCCGCGGCGGCCUAUCCUUAUGGAUCCAGCUUUGGAGUCGACUUAAAUAGUGCGCGCCGCAAGAACGCAACUCGGGAAACAACAAGCACUUUAAAGGCAUGGCUUUACGAACACAGAAAGAACCCCUACCCGACCAAAGGAGAGAAAAUAAUGCUCGCAAUAAUCACGAAGAUGACUUUGACACAAGUAUCUACGUGGUUUGCAAACGCAAGAAGGAGACUGAAAAAGGAUAAUAAAAUGACUUGGUCCCCCCGGAAUAGAUGUGGGGAGGGCAGUAACAAGGACAGCGAUGAGGAAAAUGACAAAGAUGAAGAUGAGGAUGAUGUAAGGGACAUUGGUGAGGAUGGUGAUGAAGAAAUAGACAAAAGAAGAGAUGAAACAAAUAACAAUGUUGAAAAAAAGGAAGAGGAGAUUUCUGAAAAACACGACGACAUCCGAUUAGGUUUUACUGGCGAGGAAACCAAAGAAAGAAGCACAUUUUCCAACAAUAGCCGCCAAGAUAAAUCGCUUUCACAGUCUCAGGGAGAGCAUGCUGAAACAGAGGAAAAGACGGACACUCAGAACAAAACAUCAUCUAGUCACUUGAGUGGUGAUUUCUUUAAAUUAGACUCCGCGGACGCUCCGAGGCCGUCCACCUCUUACAGCGAAACAAGGCCGAAAAUUUGGUCCUUGGCUGACGUAGCAACGUCAACCGACUCGUCUCUUGAAAGGCGCAACUCUUCCUCCCCGGGAGCAAAGCUCGAACAUUCGAUAUCAGCCCUGCCUUCGUUGGGGCACAGUCAAGGUUUGUCCCUUGCUCAGGGACAUCUGCAGUGGGGUCUUGGAGGUGCGUACGCCGUGGCGGGUUUACACCGACCCUCUGGACUCACACACCCUGCGUAUAGCAGGCUUACAGCGCAUGCGCAUAGCAUUCCGAGCGGCGGUCAUCCCACGGCGGCAGUCACACCGUCAGUGAUGCCUCCCGAAGGGGCUGUCACCGUCAGCACGAACUCUGGGGGACUUCUACGGUCUGGCACGUUGGGUGGGUCAUACCCCGCGUCAACACAUUUACCGUACAGCGCUUUUUCGGUGAAAAUCAAUAAUAAACUUCCUACACAUCUUAAGACAGAAAUUAAGUAAUUUUAGUUUAAGUUUCCGUGACGCUUUCUGUGAAAUAAUUGAGGAGCAUUAAAUGCACAUGUAUUCUAGAAAAAACUUACGAGUGACUUCACCCUCAGGGACGCAGGCAUAUGGGACUAAGCGAAAAAACUGUCAGGCAAGAAUUAAUUUAUUUUUAGUGAUGUUCUUAUUGAUAAUUUAUUAUAUAUUAAGUAUGCCACAUUACAAUAUUUAUAAGUAAUAGUGUUUCAUUAGGUCAUAUAGAGACAGAAACAUAUUCUUUAUUGUGUGAAUCAGGGAUGUACUUGAUCAUUUGUUGGUAAGUUUGUUUAAUUUUAUAUUUUGCUACAUGUAUGAUUUACUGUUUGUGUGAUUUUCGGUUUAAAAACGUCAAGGCUUUUAUUUUUAAAGCACGCCAAGCUGUGCUGCAAGCAAUGCGUCAAGCAAUGCGCCAAGCAAUACACAAUUAAUGUUCGACAUUAUCAUGUAACUUGGUGGUAAAAUUGCAGGUCAGUGUUUAACAUUCGUGACUUUAACUGUUAGCUUGUCUUGUAGAAUUGUGUGCCUAACUACGGUUACGUUUACAAAUAAAAGGUCUAUUUAACAAUACGUAAAAAAGAGGUCACGUAAAUAUGGCGUCGUUAAGUAAUGACUACUGCAAGGCCUUGUGUUUUAAAGCAGAUCAUCGAUUAAACGCUAUUAGUGGCUAAUAUGAUUUCCAGCGUUGCGGAUGCUCCUUGCUCCUGCUCGGAAUUGAAAUAGCAGAAUUAAGAGGGAGUCUGCCGAGACCCGCCGUGAUAAGCAAUAUCCGUAAAGAUCGAAUAUAAAGCCUUAAGUCUCAUAACAUUGAACAUUAAAUGUCAGGUGGCGUACAAUUCUGAGAAAAUUCUGUUAAGACCAAUACGCGUGAUUAAAGUGAAAGUUUUAUGAAUUUGUGUUGAUGUCAUCGAGGGAAGUUCGAAUGACAGUUUCGACGCUGAAAUUGAGGUUUCUCGGAACGCCGGGUAGACAAAUGCCCUUGUUGUUGCGUUUUCUGUUUUAAAGUAUGUAUUGGGGGCGUUGUCGGGGAGAAUCUGUUCAGUCAAACAGUAACGGUUAUUCAGAAAAGUUAUGAAGUUGUUUCAUGUCUGGAUUAAUUCAAAUAUAGCGACUUUCACAGCCGUCGUGCCGCGUACUGUGUGUGGUACGUCACAGAGACUAUAAACUACGUAAAAAGGAUUCCUGUUUUUGUGCUAAUUAGAGGGGCGGAUGAAAAGAAAACCCGAAGUUAUAGAUUGCCCUGUGGAAUUUUAAAUGAAGUCGACAUUUGAGGCACUUUGAAUUUUUUGUUCUUUAAUGCUUUCGCCACUUAAUAUUUGAAAUGAAAAUGGAGGAAGGAGGUGUGUCAUUAGCGUCCUUGUGGUGUGUCAUGAUUCUGUAGAGAGAUUAUUUGAUUUUUAAUAGUAAAAAAAAAUGUCUCCAGGUUGAACUCGCCGUGGAAUCGUUUUAAAUACACACGAGGGUAGCGCUAUCAGACACUCUUAAAGGUCGGUAAAUAUGAAGUUACUGUCUCUGAAGUUCAAUAGAAUUUAUCUGUAUUGUAAUGUAUAGCUGUGAUUGAAUCAAUGCAAGGUGCGCGACCCCCUUUAUCGUGUCCCCGACACCGUUAAAUUGCAUAUUAAGAUUAAGUGAAGCGCUUGAGCUUUUGUAACCGCAUAACAUUUUCCAUGUCAGUUUGGUCACCGAUGAGCUCCCUUGUAGUCUGCGCUCAACUCGGUAUUGUCUGCUCUGAACUGUCUGAACUGUCAUUUGAACUGGGGACACCCAAUGUCAAACUCGCUGAUUUUAUUAAUACUGCACGUGGCAGCCCCCCAUGGAGGAGGUUCAUAUGUAUUGAUUUUUUCCCCCUGCAUUUCAGAUAUCAAAAUCUGAGACAGAAAAUGAAAACAGCAGAUAUUUAUCUGAGGGAUGUGAAAGGGGAAAUAGUUGGAAAAUCCAUUUUAUAGAUGCAAAGACACUGCAUUAAAAAUGAAUAUUUGGUGUAAAAAUAAAAUGAGUAUUUGGUUAUGGACAGAAAAAUAGUAGCAGUACAUACAUGACGCCUAGCUUAACUGUCAAUGAAUUCAUUUUUGUAAAUCAAAAUUUCAAAAUUUUGUUGAUAUACGGUUGGAGUAUGGCUUCGCAAAUUUUGCAAAGCGAGAGAGAGAAAACCCUUUUCAUUUCACCAUUAUCACAUUCUGAGUAAAUCGAUCUAAAUCAAACUCUAUGUCACGCGCCCAAAGAUCACAAGAACUUCAUCCAUAAAUGCAUCCUAAAGUGCGCCCUGUCUCUUCCCUUCGUCACCUUAUAAACGUUCAACCCCGACAUUAGCAAAGCUGAAUGAAUUCCACAGAUAACACGCCGUACGUCUUCUCGUACUACUAGGAGAGCAUGAUCAGUGGUAAUUUCAUUACCAUCCCCUUGGUACUCUGAUAAUUAUGGAGUACGAUGUGACUGAGAAAAGAUUGAAUUUCGAUUUCUAUCGUUGUAAUUUCUGCUCCCAUCUGACUGCCUGUCACGCGCGAAAAAAAAUGACAUGAGAAUGGCGGGCACCCUCUCGAGACUGAAGUGCGCUGGUGUGUGUGUCGGGGUGACUCUGUCGUCAAUUUGUGCUUUAAUUGCUAAUCAAAGAAAUUAUCUUAAGCGAGUUCAGUGAGAUAAUUGGGAAUAGUAAGAGCAGAAAUGAUUUUUCGGUAAGUUUCUUGGGAAUAGUGUUCAUGUGCCAUUACAAAGGUUAGUAGUAACUGCCAUAGAUUUAGGUUGUGAAGGCGCGUUUGCAUGCAUACGCACGCGCGCGAGAGAUUUGUAGAAAAUACAGGUUAGACCAAAACCACGUAAUCAAGCUUGCUUUCAAUUCACACGUGCCCGAUUAACAUAUCAUUAGAUAGAGAAGAAGAGCAGUUAGACUAAGAUACAAAGGAUUAAGCUAGGAUAAGAUAAGGUUCUGUUAAUCAUUUGAUUAGAUUAUAUCUAAAAGUUAGAUAAAUUCUGACAAUAUAUUUGUAGUAUUCAAUUGUGGAAUUUGAUAAUGAUUAUAAAUAUAUAUUUUUCUGUCAAUAAGUUUUACUCUGUACUAAUCCCUUUGAGUAUUACGUGUGUUUUUAAAUGUGAAUCAUAAAACUAGUGUCGUGUACAGGAAAAUUAUUAGAAUAUGGCAAAUGUAUGUGGUUUCAUGUAAUUCUUAUCUAGGCCUUUCAAAGAAAAACGAUUGAAAAAAAUCACAAAGGUGCAAAAACCAAGUCUUUAAGGACUUUAAACAUGAAAACACCCAGUGCAUAUAUAGCGAUACGCUGUGGUGUAAAAGUAUGUAAAAUAUGUGUACUUACGUUUGUAGAGUUUAAUACGUCAAAUCAAGAAAGGAGUCAAAACAUCACUAAAUGAUAUCAGAAACUAGACA